AGACGGUGGGGCUGUCCCUUUUCGAGUUCUGAGGAGGGUGCAUGUGGGCUCUCCCAUCGCUGCUGCGGGCUGCGGCUGGGCGCACCAUGUCGCAGGGGCCAGCCCGCCGCCAGCGGCCGCCUAAGGACCCCCUGCGGCACCUUCGGGCGCGGGAGAAGCGCGGCCCGACUUGGGAGCCCGGGGGUCCGAGCACCGUGUACCUGCAGGUGGUGGCGGCCGGAGACAGGGACGCGGGCGCCGCGCUCUAUGUGUUCUCGGAGUAUAACCGGUAUCUCUUCAACUGUGGAGAAGGCAUCCAGAGACUCAUGCAGGAACACAAGCUGAAGGUUGCUCGUCUGGACAACAUCUUCCUGACCCGGAUGCACUGGUCUAAUGUUGGGGGACUGUGUGGAAUGAUUCUCACAUUGAAGGAAACCGGGCUUCCAAAGUGUGUGCUGUCUGGCCCGCCACAACUGGAAAAAUAUCUGGAAGCUAUCAAAAUAUUUUCUGGCCCAUUGAAAGGAAUAGACCUGGCGGUGCGGCCCCACUCUGCACCAGAGUACAAGGAUGAAACGAUGACCGUAUUCCAGGUCCCCAUAUACAGUGAGCAGCAUUGUCGAGAUCACCAGCCAGCCCAGGCACCUCAGAGACCGCUUGGCGGGCUCAGUCCCAAGCAGCGUGCAGACUCGGGAUCACCUGAAAAAGAGCAGCCCUUUGCAGACGGUGUUCUCCAGAAAACGGGUCAGAAGAGGGACCCUUCCUUGGUAGUCGCUUUCGUCUGUAAGCUUCAUGUGCGGAAAGGAAGCUUCCUGGUGCUGAAAGCAAAGGAGCUAGGCCUCCCGGUGGGCACGGCUGCCAUCGCGCCGAUCAUUGCUGCAGUGAAGGGCGGGAAAAGCGUUACCUAUGAAGGCAGAGAGAUUCUGCCUGAAGAGAUCUGCGCUCCUCCCGACCCCGGCGUGGCUUUUAUUGUGGUAGAGUGUCCUGACGGCGGGUUCAUACAGCCCAUCUGUGAGAAUGCUGCCUUUGAGAGGUACCAAGGGAAGGGUGGUGACGCCGUGGCCCUGGUGGCUCACAUGGCCCCGGAAUCCGUGCUCUUGGACAGCCGAUACCAACAGUGGAUGGAGAGGUUUGGGCCUGACACCCAGCACUUGAUCCUCAACGAGAGCUGUGUGUCAGUCCACAACCUCCGUAGCCGCAAGAUCCAGACGCAGCUCAACCUCAUCCACCCCGACAUCUUUCCUCCGCUUGCCCACCCCCGCAGUCAGGGAGAAGGAGCAUCCUUCCGCGUGCCCAUCGUGCGGGGUGAAUGCCUCCUCAAGUACCAGCUCCGGCCCCGGAGGGAGUGGCAGCGGGAUGCGGUCCUUACUUGCAAUCCUGAAGAAUUCAUCGCUGAGGCCCUAGAGCUCCCCAAUUUCCAGGAGAGCGUGCAGGACUAUAAGAAGAGUGUGCAGGACAGCCCGGCCUCCGCAGAGCCAAGAAGCCAGUACCCAGAAAUCAUUUUCCUGGGAACCGGGUCAGCCAUCCCAAUGAAGAUCCGCAACGUCAGUGCCACGCUUGUCAACAUCAGCCCUGACCAAUCCCUGCUACUGGACUGUGGCGAAGGCACUUUUGGGCAAUUGUACCGUCACUAUGGCGACGAGGUGGACAGGGUCCUGGGCACACUGGCUGCCGUGUUUGUGUCCCACCUGCAUGCAGACCACCACACGGGCCUGUUGAAUCUCGUGCUGCAGCGAGAGCGCGCCUUGGCCUCCCUGGGACAGCCAUUGCACCCUUUGCUAGUGGUGGCCCCGACGCAGCUCCGGGCCUGGCUCCAGCAGUACCAUAACACGUGCCAGGGGAUCCUGCAGCUCGUCGAAUUGAUUCCUGCCAAAUGCCUUCAGAAAGGGGCUGAGGUCUCCAAUCCCAGGAUUGAACAGCAGAUCAGCUCCCUGCUGGGAGCGUGCGACUUGGAAGAGUUCCAGACUUGCCUGGUCCGGCACUGCAAGCACGCGUUCGGCUGUGCCCUAGUGCACAGGGCUGGCUGGAAGGUCGUCUACUCCGGGGACACCAUGCCCUGCGAAGCCCUGGUCCAGAUGGGGAAAGACGCCACACUUCUCAUACACGAAGCCACGCUGGAAGAUGGCUUAGAAGAGGAAGCGGUGGAAAAGACACACAGCACAACUUCCCAAGCCAUUGGCGUGGGGAUGCGGAUGAACGCCGAGUUCAUCAUGCUAAACCACUUCAGCCAGCGCUACGCCAAGAUCCCCCUCUUCAGCCCCGACUUUAACGAGAAAGUCGGAAUCGCCUUUGACCACAUGAAGGUCACCUUUGGAGACUUUCCCACAGUGCCCAAGCUGGUCCCUAUGCUCAAGGCCCUGUUUGCCUGCGACCUCGAAGAGAUGGUGGAGCGCAGGGAGAAGCGGGAGCUGCGGCAGGUGCGGGCAGCCCUGCUUUCUAGUGAGUCCCCGCAGAAGCGGGGCCUCGGGGAGGAGCCGCCUAGCCCAACCAGCAAGAAGGCCCGAGCCACGUAAGCGUAGCAGUGAAAGGCGGGAGCACACCUCCCCAAGCGGAACAGACUGCUCAGAGGGCAGCAUGCCGCCCGGCUCCAGAGAAGGCGUCCUCGCACUCAGGAUGUCCGAGACUCAAGGGUGACUUUUCAAAGACAUCGACACAACAAUAAAGAUUCAGUCUGGCAUCCUGCAGUCUCUGCUUGGUCCGGCACGUCACAGCCACUGCUGUUGGUCCACAGAGGGACCUCUGGGGACGUGUUCGCAGGAGGCCUCCCGAGGACCGAGUGCCGUGCUUCGCAGAGACUCCCACCACCCCUGUGGUCCAAGGGUGGCAUGAAGACAGCACACUGCGAGCUGGCCCUGAGGUGAGUGCGCGCGGAGUGCAAAACACUAAGUGCUGACGGUUCCUUGUCACAGAUCUGCCUGUGCUGCUUUGCGCCUUCUCCCUACCGACAAAGGUGGAUUAAGAGCUUUACCUCUAGGAUCAAGGCCCCAGGCUUCCAUCAGGCAAGGCGACAUAGCUCCUGAGCUCUCCCCCGUUCCCACACGCUUGUUACUGAAGCAAGAAGAUACACCAUGCUCAGGGAUAAUAAAUCUAUUUUAAUAACAUUA